CAAGGCUUUGCUUCCCGGCUUUCAGCUAUCAGGAAUGCUUAUGACUUUAAAGGGUAUUCCAAGUACAUACAACAAGGACUUACAGGAAGAUAAACAACCUUUGUUUGAUGUUUGUGACUCUUUGCGUGGUCUUUUGUUAGUAGCAACAGGAACAAUGGGAACUUUGACGGUUGUUGAGAGGAAAAUGGCUGAUGCCCUAAGUCCAGAUAUGUUAGCAACAGAUUUGGCCUAUUAUUUGGUCAGGAAAGGGGUCCCAUUCAGAGAGGCGCAUUGUCUGUCUGGAGAAGCUGUUCAUCAAGCUGAAAUAAAGAAGUGCGCAUUGAAUGAAUUGUCCUUGGAUGACCUUCAAAAAGUCAGUCUGUAUUUUGAAGAUGAUGUGAAGAAAGUUUGGAACUAUGAAAAUAGCGUCGAMCAGUAUAAAUCUGAGGGUGGUACCAGUAGGCAAGCGGUAAUCCAGCAAAUAACAGUGCUUAACCGUUGGCUUAUGAAUCAAAAUGAUCCGUUGAAGAACUAGAUUUAGUAGGAGGAAAUAUAGAUUACUCCACUGAAAGUGCCAACGAACGAUUUUUAUUCACGAGUUGCGUAGCCCAAAAACAAAAGCACGAGGAUUUCUUUUCGAAUCGUAGACGCCUGUGAGAUACUGCAGGCAGGAAGCCAUUUGAAUGCAAAACACACACACACCGGCAUCAGCAUAAAAGGACGAACAAUGUUGGUUAACAAUUUUUAUUAAAGCGACUGAAUUAUACAGAAAAUCAUGAAAAUAUAAGUAUGAUAUAUUUUCAGUUUAAGUAAAUAUAGAUAAAUAUGUA